CAAAAACAUAGCACUGAACUUCCUAGAGGGUAAAAACGUGAAUCUGCAGUGAGUAAAUGUAUUGACACAUGGUGAUACUCGUAUAACCUUUCCUGCCAUGUAAUCGCCCUCCUGAUUGCAGGAUUUGAUGGCACCAUGAAUGCUCAGCUAUUCAUUUUGAUUCUACUUGUGACCUCUAGCGUGAAGGCUGCCAAAAUCCUGCUUUUCCCUGGCAUGAUGGCGGCAAGCGUUUGCAACGAAAUGCGUGGCUUUGGUGAGGAAUUAAUUAACAGGGGUCACACGGUCGCAUUCUAUUUACCCAACAAAUUUGACUAUUCGUUCAUGUCCGAUACUAAAAUCAAGAUUUUAAAACAUAACUUCAGAGACACUGAUAAAAAGUUACUGGACGAUAUUUUUAAAGGUCUUACGAAGAACGUAUUUAGCGGACAAGGAUCUCUGCAGAUGACCGCUGCAGCAACUGUGAUGAACACCAUUUGUGAUAGUGUUUUUGCAGACAAAGAUGGCCUGAAAAUGCUGAAAGAACAAAAGUUUGACAUUGUGGUCGUGGAAGCUCUUGUUUUCACAAAGUGUCUAAUGUUCUUACCGCGAUAUUUAAACGUAUCGUACGUUGGUGUCGGCGCUGGCAUCGAUGGGAGAGAUGGAGGUUUACCCUUUCAAGGAAAUACCUCUCCACACCUAAAAACUACAUUCUCAGAUCACAUGUCCUUUUGGCAACGGUUAAUAAACGUGCUGUCCAAUGUUUUACAGUACGUGGUUAGGCCACGUGUUAUUUCUACGACUGAUCCUGCGACAUACGAUCAAUCUCUUGCUGGACUUGAUGCAGAAGAUUUGAUACGGGAUGCUAUUCUGUAUCUUGAGAAUUCAGACCAUGUUGUAGACUAUCCUAAAGCUCUUACUCCAAAUUUUAUACAAGUUGGAGGUCUAUCAGCAAAGCCUCCAGGAAAACUUCCUAAGGAUUUAGAAACGUUCAUGACUGAGGCCACCAAUGGGGUCGUCAUGGUUUCAUUUGGAAGCAUUCUUCGUGAAGCCCCAAAAGAAAUGAUGAACAAGUUAAUGACCGCAUUUUCGCAACUGAAACAGCGAGUGUUAUUCAAAACCGACAGAGACUUUGUUGAAGGCAAUAUAAAAUCUGUGAAAUGGCUUCCUCAAAAUGACGUUCUGGGACAUCCAAAGGUCAAACUGUUCUUUUCACACUGCGGCAAAAAUGGUUUCUUUGAAGGGGUCUACCAUGGCGUGCCCAUCAUAUGCACUCCACUAAAUGGCGAUGCCUUUCCCACAGCAAGUAAAGUUGUAAAUAAACAGAUCGGCUUAUCACUGGAUCUUAAUGUGGUUUCAGCAAGUGACAUUGUAAAGGCUGUCAACACUGUACUCACAAAUACGACUUAUAGGGAGAAUAUGAGAAGAAUUUCGAAGCUGCUAAGAGACAGACCGGAAACACCCACUGCACGUGCUGCAUCUGCCAUUGAGCACGUGCUGAAAUAUGGCGGAGAACAUUUGCGAUCUCCAUCUCGUAAAUUGCACUGGGUGUCCUAUGUAUACGCAGACGUUUGGUUCAUCAUAUUUAGCACAUUGGUCAUAGUGUUAUAUAGUUCAUUUCAUAUUGCCAAAUUCAUGUGCUGUCGAAAAAAACAUUUAGUACAGGUAGUUGAAAAAAAUAAGUCUGACUAGAUGGAGAUUUUAUUCAUAAAAAUUAAUUCAAAGAAGUGAAAUUAUAUGGUACAUAAUUAAGUCACCAUGUCUUGUGAUUCAUAAUUAUAUAUUGUCCCAAUGAAUUGUAACUAAAUAAAGUUAAACCAAGUGAAAUUAUAUGGUACAUAAUUAAGUCACCAUGUCUAGUGAUUCAGAACUAUAUAUUCCCAGUGAAAUGUAACCAAAUAAAAUUAAAUCUUAAUCAGAUUGCAGAUUAAUUCUAAUUUAGAUUUGUAUCUUCUGGAUGGAGAUUUUAUUCAUUAAUAUCAAUUCAAAGAAGUGAAAUUAUACUUAACAUAAUUAAGUCAUGUCUGAUUAUUUAGAACUAUAUAUAAUCCCAGUGAAUUGUAACCAAAUAAAAUUAAAUCGUAAUCAGAUUGCAGAUUAAUUCUAAUUUAGAUGUGUAUCUCCUGGAUGGAGAUUUUAUUCAUAAAAAUUAAUUCAAAGAAGUGAAAUUAUAUUAACAUAAUUAAGUCAUGUCUGAUGAUUCAGAACUAUAUAUCAUCCCAAUGAAUUGUAAUCAAAUAAAAUUAAAUCCUGUGGGUAGUCAAAUUGCAGAUUAAUCAUAAUUUAGAUUUGUAUCUCAUGGAUUUUAUUCAUAAAAAUACUUCAAAGAAGUGACAUUAUAUGGUACAUAUUUAAGUUAUCAUGUCUAGUGGUCAAUUCAGAACUAUAUAUCAUUUCAAUUAAGUGUAACAAUAAAAUUAAAUCCUAGUCAAAUUGCAGAUUAACCCUAAUACUGACAAAUUCAGACUGACAAAUGUUUACACAUGAAGUAUUAUUCAACAAAACCUGUCGAUCCCAUUUACAUAGAACUAUCUGGAAUGUUGAUGGCCAAUAUAUAUAUAUAUAUAUAUGUAUGUAUGUAUAUAUGUGUGUGUGUGUGUGUGUGUGUGUGUGUGUGUGUGUGUGCUUUAUUUUUUGUUGAAUUAUAUAUGAGACUUCUUAAUGUUUACCUUUUUCAUCAACAAAAGCAUUCGAAGAUCACAAUAGUGCACUGUAAGAAGCCAUUAACAAUUACAUGGAUCAACAUUUUGUCCAUAUGCAUUUUAGUAAUACAAGUGCUACAUAAUAAAAAAAAAGAAGAACAAUUUAAUAAUAUGGUUUGUAAGCUUGUGAAAAUGCUGAUCAGAUAAUUGGUAACAGCUCCUUAAUAGUCAAGGGCGGAUCCAAAAGAUAUGGGACAGGAGGAUCUAUUCCUCUCUAAAAAAAAAAUUAAAGUGGCAUUUUCUUUUUUACAAUUUAUUUACAGUUUUCAUUGAAGUGCCUUGUACUGGGAGGUGGUCCAUGUGCCCUUUUUGUCCUGGGUCCCCUCCCUAAAAUAUUUCCAGGGUCCACCCUUGGUAGUAUUAAUUAAACAAAAUUUAAAUGAAUUUAUAUUUAUAACAAGCAUUUUGAGUACUGCUAAAGCAAUACAUGUCCCCUACCAGAUGCAACGAAGUUUCAUAUCUCUUAAGUUCAUGGGCCAUAACUGGGUAAAUUGCCAUGAAAGUCCAAUCUGAUUAAAAUUAGCUCUACUUGGUCUACCAGUAGAUCUAACAGCAUCGCUUGGACUCCCAUGUCCAGGUGACAUUUCAUCUAUAAAUAACAAUUUA